AUGAAGAUUUUAGCUUUAGUUUUAUCUAGAAGAGGUGGAACUAUAAUCGAUCAUGUAUGGGAUUUAAAUUCAUUUGGUUUCUUACAACGUGGAACAAUUAAAGAGGUGUUAUUGGCAUCAAGUAAAAUUUUUAUAGAUAGAUUCAAUGUAAAUUCAAAGUGUAGUGUACCACAUGAAGGUUAUAUGGCAUACGUAGAUUGUAGAGAAGAUUUUGGAGGUGUUGUAUAUACAGAUCAAGAAUAUCCAGAGAGAGUAGCAGCAAGAUGUCUUUCCGAGAUGAUGCGUGAGUACCUAAAUUUCACCAAGGGUAUCAUCGGUGGUCAAUUCCCACAACUUCAGAAUAUAUUGACGAAAUAUGCCAAUCCUGCAGGUAUUGAUAGAGUUGGUGAAGUACAAAAUCAAGUAAAUGAAGUCACUAUGGUUAUGCACAAAAAUAUAGAAGCAGCAUUACAGAACAAUGCUAAAAUGGAAGAUUUACUACAGCAAUCCAACGAACUAAGUGCAAAAAGCAAAGUAUUUCUAAAACAAGCGAAAAAAGCAAACAGAAGAUGUUGUACAAUACAAAUUUGUUAUUCACUUUCUUAA